AUGUCACCUGCUGAGGCGCCAGUGAGAACAACGAAGAGAAAGAGACAACCUCAAACUGACGAAACGCACCAUGACACAAGAGAGGUCAGGAAAGCCGCGAAGAAGGCAAAAACCUUCGAGAUGCAGAAGAUUUUGAAGAAAAUGAGAGAUGCGAGGCGCAAAGGCGAUGAUGAUGCAGUCAAAGAUAUCGAAGCACAGCAUAUAGCUCUCAAGCAACUUGACCCCGGGCCUAUCGCCGAUUCAGCUCUCUCAACGAAAAUCAAGAAAGACAAAUUCCUUUCACAAGAUCCCAACCUGCAAUCUGCGAUGUCCAAGUCAUUGUCUUCCAGCUUAAUCGUAUCCGCUGUACCUGGAUCCGCAGAAAGCGUAGUCCAAAGCAGGCUACUUAGUUCCAAGGUCCUGGCGGUUGAUGUCUCUCGUAUAAUUGAGGGACUCCGGCGCCUACUUAACCCUGCGGAGCGGGUCUACCGCGCAGAAGCCGAUAGUGCCGAAGUAUCACCGCCUCGAAAUAAGAAACAGAAGACACAACAAAACAAGGGUUCGCCUAAGGUCCCACCGGUGGAUACUCCUGAAGAUGAGCCGAGAGCAAAUCUUGAAGAUGAUGGCUGGGAGUCAGGCACGGUUAGUGACGGCGAUCAUUUUGUCCAGGGAGAUUCGGGGGUUGAUGAAGGGCCUGGCGAUGAAGACAACUCCACCUCUGAUGGUGGUGAUGAUCUCCCCGUCCCUCGCGAACGAUCGAGUCGAGGGGAAUCAAAGGCAACGCAAUCUACUUUUCUACCUUCCCUUUCGGUGGGUUUUAUUCGCGGAGACUCGGACACCGAUUUUAGCGACAGCGAGGAGAGAGCAGCUGAUACAGCUAAGAAGAACAGACGUGGUCAGCGGGCACGCAGGGCAAUAUGGGAGAAGAAAUUUGGAAGACAUGCCAAUCAUGUGAUGAAGCAGAAAGCUUCUAACCGCCCCAAUGCCCCUUCCAGCAUUACGGUCGUCCGCCAAGAUCAGCGAAAUCACAGAAAUGGUCAUCGCGAUUCGGAUGGCGCGCCGCUCUCUGGUCACAGGCAAAAUACCCGAAUACCAGACAAGAACAAAUACGACGCAUCUGCUCGCCUCGUGUUAGGUAACCGUAAGGAAGAGAAAUCGCUUCAUCCGUCCUGGGAGGCUAAGAAGAAACAACAAAAUGUCGCAAUUGUACCUGCACAGGGCACAAGAAUCGUCUUCAGUUAGUCUUAAUAGACGUCAUAUGAUUCCAAUAUAAUCCAAUUCAGUUGGCGCUACGCAUGUAUCAAAGAAAGCUAGUUGAAGCGUAUGACACUUGCAUAAAUAAAAAGAAGUUGCCUAGAAGCAUGACGCGUGCGUAACGAAGUAUCCAGAGGCAUGAUGCGUGCGUAAAGGAUCGCUGUGAAACUUGUCUUGGUAUAUGGGCAGCAAACGUUGUGGAAAGCAUUUUGAAGAAAAGAUGGAUAGCGACGGUAUUCAUUGUAAGAGACCAUAGAGGGAAUCACGUUCUACAGACGUGUCUCUUCCCUCCCUGCAUUCUACAUCCCCUGGAACACCACACAUCACCACAUC